UGGGAUAAUGGCAAGAGCUUGUCCAUGGUUUUUAAAGUCGAGCCUUUUACCCUAGCUAUGGGGGGAAAUUCGGGCGUGGCGUCACUCGUCCUACUUCCCACCAUCGUCGCGUACGCCUGGAUUCUCUAUGGAUGCCCACCGCCGCUGCCAUCGCCAUCGCCACCAGUGGCAAGGAAGUCACUGUGUGUGUGGAGCGCGGCAGCCCAUCCUUUGCUACUUCUCAAUGCUUUCUUCUUUAUCAAUGUCAAUGUGGUGUUUUGGAUCAUUAGCCUCGUCCAAGGGAGCACUUGGCUCAUCGACCCAUACUGGGCUUUCCUGCCGGUCUUGAUCACGCAUUUCCUGGCGGCGCAUCCCUCCGCCAAGUCCGACCCGGUGAGAUCGCGAGUAGUCACCGCGCUCGUCUGGGUGUGGAGCGCCAGGAUCACGCACUCGUACUUCCGGCGGGAGGAUUGGAAGCUGGGAGCUCGGGAGGAUUGGAGGUUUGCGCAAAUGCGCGAGCGAUUCGGCCGUCACUGGUGGUGGAUUUCCUUCUUUGCAGUCUACGUCUCGCAACAGCUUUUGCUGGUGGGCGUUUGCCUUCCCGUCUAUGCCGUCUUCCAAAGCCAGCUUCCAUGGCACCACCUUAUCGACACCACCAUCGCCAUGCUCUGCGUUGCGGGGAUUUCCAUCGCCUGCAUUGCCGACACCCAGCUCCACAGCUUCGUGAGCAACAACAAGCUCCGGAGAGAGCGCGGGGCGCAGCCAGUCGCGGUUCUGGACGAGGGUCUGUGGCACUACUCCCGGCAUCCAAACUACUUCGGCGAGCAGCUAUGGUGGUGGGGGCUGGCGAUGUUUGGCUCGAGGCUGGGCUUCUCUUGGACGAUGCUGGGGGCCCUGAUCAACAGUGCUUGCCUCGCCUGCGUCACGGUCAUGGUCGAGAGGAGAAUGCUGGCGAAAGAGUCGAGAGCGGCAGCUUACAGGAGUUACCAGAGACAAACGUCGGUGUCGAUUCCAUGGCCCAAGCUUUCCAGGUUUACAGAUUGAUGGAUCACGAUGGAUGACCUACUUGUCAACAGUAUACCACGUAGUAUACUUCUUCUUUCCAGGAGGGUGUUGCGAAAGGACGAGCAUGACUUGUUUCACUUCGAUUAUAAAUGUCCAAUUCAACAGCGACCAGCGACUACUCGUGUCUCGAUCCACGAUCUCGAGCCAAUUUUGACACGACUUCGCCGGACUUUGAUCACCAUGAGGCGAGCUUUGACAAGGUCCGAGAUGUGAUGAUCUCUCCUCUAAUUGACGCUCCACCAAAGGGAAGAUAAAAAUGUUGUUCAUCUGACAUAAAAAAGGAAGGAAAGUGAGUUGCA